AUGGAUGCCCUUGUUCCCAAGAAAACCUCGCUGAAGAGGCGUGCGUCGCUGUCUCUCCUGUUUGGGUCACAGAAACCACCGACCUUCGCAGCACCCCUCGACGACAAACCUACCCAAUACUACCAUUUCGUUGACACACCGAGCCCUCCUAAUUCUCAUUCGCAUUUAAUUAGCCGUCAAUAUAUCCCGCGGGAGUUGGAGUCAGAAAUUAGAUAUGCCUGUUCCUUGCUUGCGCAUCGAAUCGAACAUGGUGUCCCAUCUCGGGGUAACAACCCAGUCACCCGUCGCGCAGUUCGCACAGGAUCAGUGGGAAAUAUUAGAACCAACGCGCAACUGCCAUCGAAGUAUCCUUCGUCUAAGUUCGGGCCGGAAGGAGCCGUGGCAACUGGAUAUGACUCCGGUGUGGGACUCACCCAACAACCGAGCAUGCAGACCAUGAGAGUUCUGAACUCUCGCUCUGGCGAUGUGUCAGACUCUGGAGAGACAAGAUCCAUGUCGGUAUUCAGUAACAGUAACACCAGAACCGGCACUUCCUGUUCCAACACCAGCGUCAUCAACUCUACGGAGCUGUCAUGCAGCCAGUCUUCGUCUCACAGCCCCAGGCUGAACGAACCGCAGUCAAUGACAGGCACGAUCAUAGCAGGAUACCCGCGGCAACAGAAAAAUGCCACAAAUGCUUUCCUGACCGAUUCAUCACCCUGCGAACCACUAGCGUUCAAGGGGAGUAUCCCCGAAAACACCGAAGUCUUCCUCAACCCAGCAAGCGCCACCAUGAAUCUAUCCUCCGAAACCUUAACAACCGACACCUCUCCAAGCCUAGGGUUAUCCAGACAUAAUGAGUCCACUCAACGACCCACGACUUCUGUAACCGCAUCCGAAUCAGACACGAAUCGGCCCCAAAGCCGCAACAUCAUAAUUGACAGCACCGGGCAGGCUCGUCUCCUCACCCCCGACGAGGAAUCCCAGCGUAAUAAAGAUCUCCAACAAGCCGUGAUGGAACGGAUGACCACUGGAAUGAGGCGAUAUAACCCAACCAACGAACCUUCAAGGCGGCCGUGUAGACCAAAUACGGCUGGCAACAAUAUCAGCAGUGCUCAUCGCUAUCCGGAACCGCAGUCACGGCCGCAGACUAGCGCUUCAAAGUUCAGUUUUUCAUGGACGAAUUUUAAAUCUGAUUUUGAUGGGUUGAAGCAGAAGGAUCAAAGUAAGAAGGGGAUGUCUCGCUCAUGCUCUAGAUUGAGGGAGGGGGUUCCGUUGAUUGGGAAGCUGACUGGCUUCUUUACGCGGGAGCGGAGUGGUUUAGGGGCUCGGUAG